CGGGGCGCCCUGCCCGCACCGCCGCCCUCCGUUCCCGCCCCUCUAGGCGAGCCUCUUGCUCGACGCCGUUGCCGCGAUGCCGGCGUUGCGGCGGCUGUCCCUUCGGUGCUGCGCGUGGCUCACUCGCGACGGGCUGCGGCGCAUCUCGCGCGUCGACCGGCAGCUGGCCCUCUCGCACGACCUGCUUCCGCCAAAGCCAGCUGCGGCGCGCGCCGGCCGCUCGUCGCCCCCGCCCGACAGUUGGGAGGAGCUCGACGGCGACGCGGCGCUGCCCGUCUUGCGCGAGAGCAGAGGAGGGCCGGCGUCGAAGCGGCGCACCGUCGGCGGCGCGUCAGCCGCCGCGGACAGCGUGAUGUACGUCGGAAACUCCGUCGUCCAGCGACCGCUCUCCAUCUACCACGUCUCCCAGGGGGAUGAGCCUCUCUUUGGCAAUGCGCGCCCCCGACGGAGCGCAUUUGCGGAUGGUUGCGGCUUGUUGCGCAGCUAGGUCGCGGUUUUUACACGAUUUUUGGCUUUUUCCACAGUACUCCUACCGUCCCAUUUGCGCCGUUGCGGCUCUUCUGGGUAAC